AUGAGAUUGGAUGGAGAUGUUGAUAAGGAUUUGGAAUUUGCUCUUGUGGGAGAAGGAGCUGAAGUUUAUACUGGACAAGAAGGACUAGAUAGAGAGACGUUUGACUCUGCGAGCGAGGUCACCUACGACGACGUGGGGGGCCUUCGCCGCGAAGUGCAGCUGCUGCGCGAAUUCGUCGAGCUGCCCCUCCGCUUCCCCAGUGUCUUCAAACAGAUGGGCAUUUCGACGCCCCGCGGCGUUUUGCUGCACGGAGCUUCUGGAGUUGGCAAAACCCUUUUGGCCAAAGCAGUGGCCACAGAGUGUGGGGCCAACUUCCUCGUCGUCAACGGGCCAGAAAUCAUGUCCCGGAUGGCUGGGGAGACGGAGGCGAACCUGCGGCGAGUGUUUGAAGAAGCAGCAAACUUGUCUCCUUGUCUUCUUUUCAUUGAUGAAAUUGAUUCAAUUGCUGCCAAGCGAGAAAAGGCCCAGGGCGAACUCGAAAAGAGACUCGUCGCCCAGCUGCUGACUUUGAUGGACGGAAUUGGAGCUAACAAGAACGUCGUCGUUUUAGCUGCAACAAAUCGGCCCAACCAGCUGGACCCCGCUCUCCGCCGGUUUGGGCGUUUUGACCGGGAAAUUGAGGUGCCUGUGCCGGACGCUGCGGGCCGUUUGGAAAUUCUGAAGAAGAAGACACAGCGCAUGCGUUUAGCAGCAAAUGUGGACCUGCAGCGGCUAGCAGCAGAUGCCCACGGAUUUGUGGGCGCAGACCUCGAGCAGCUUUGCCUCGAAGCUGCGCUGCUGUGUCUUCGCCAGCAGCUGCAGCACAUCGACUUCGACAAAGACGCCGUCGACCCCCAGGUGCUGCAGCGGCUGGAGGUGGGGCAGCAGCACUUCGUGGCAGCCUUAGCUGCUGUUAAUCCCAGCGCGCUGCGGGAAAGACAUGUAGAAGUGCCCAAUGUGCGCUGGGGGGACAUCGGGGGGCUCGAGGAAGUCAAACGCGAACUCAAAGAAACAG